UGAAAGCAGGUGUCCGAACAGGUCCGGUGCUUGGUGAGGUACUUUCCUUUAAUCCACGAAAUUUGACCGAAUUGACAGUCAAACUAAUCAUACAGUAGGUGUAUGGUAACACAAUUAUCAAUUGGAAGUGUUGCUAUGUGUGACAUUGACUGAAGUUAAAAAAAACCCAGACAAAAUAGCAAAAUGACAGCAGGAUCCAUCGCCGUGCCGACCAUCAUUCCUCUGCGGCUUCCUCAGCAUGGACGAUUAAAAACAUCCAUCGACUCCAACACCAAGAUAGAGCUCAAUUCUGACUCUAAAGAUGUUGACAUCCACUACACAAUUAAUGGUACAAAGCCAGAUCCCUUCCCCAAAACUGGAGUGGUUCGAUGUACCAUGCAAUAUGUGGGCCCUUUUACUUUACCUCCAGGGAAACAGACAGUCCGAAGUGUAGCUGUAUCAAAAGAUGGUAUGCGAGAAAGUAACGUUUGUACAAAGGUGUUUGAAGUUGAAUAUGUUCCGGGUCCCGCUCUCAUGCCAGAAGACGAUGAUUUAGAAUUUCAGCAGGAGAUUGAGAAAGAGCAACGCAGAUUGAAUGUGAAUAGGGCCGCCAAGAACCUGAUGCUUUCAAGCAAAUCUGCUUGGACGGAUGUGGGAGCUAUGAAGAGUGCAACCCAGAAAAUGGCUGACAUGCAUGUCAGUGGGAGCACUCGACACAAGGCUCAGGCCGAGCCUCGGUUCCUCAACUCCAGACGAGGGGAGGGGUCCUCUGCUCCAGGGAAGUCUUAUGAACUAAGUCGUAAUGACCGCUACUGGGACCGACAUCAACAGGAGUCAGUAUCUCCGAACUCUCGGCAUCAGCAGCAGGCAGACUACAUGAGGAAUGUGUACGGUUACGCUGAUCGACUGUCAGAACCAAAUGCUGCCUACUAUAACUCAUCAUACAACAACAAUUUGAUGGCCUCGGCUCCACAGCAACCCCUUACUCCCUAUGGAGCCGGACGCAAGAUGGACAUAUGUACGUACUGUAAGUCUAUGGUCCCGUUCAACACUACCCACUGUGUGGUCUGUGAGGGUCCACUGCCUGGGGCUCAUCUCGUCGACAACACGCAUGUUCCUGUUCCAAACAAUUUUCUACCUGUGAGUUACCCGGUUGAUGCGCCUCCUAAACGGCCUACGACCUCUGUCAGUACCCAGACCGUGGGCCUCUUCUACCCCUCAGAGAAGGGUCUCAGCAAGAAAAAGGAGCAGGUGGAGGAGAAAGAAGCGUUUGAGAAACAGAUGAGGGAUAGAAGACCCCUGUUGACUUCUGUCAGUCCCGGCAAAGGUUACUGGAGGAAACAGAUUGAACACAUCAGUCAGCACCUUAAAGUUCAUGCACAGAAUGACGCAGAGUUCAGGGCACUUAUUGGAGAACCUAAAAUGGGCAAGCUGCUGACAAGCACUGUCCAGGAGGACGGGUAUGAGUUGAGUGUUACCUUAACAUUUGCCAUACGAGGAAAUAAGGACCCACUGACCGGUCGUAAGCUUGGCAUCACUGGUGACUACCUCAGCAUGCACACAGAAAGAUCCAACAUGUCUACCUACCGCAGUGACGAUGAAAUAAGUGAUGAUACAACGAUACCCAUGAAAACAAAAACCACAAAGAAACGGCCCAAGAGGAAGCCAGGUCCAAAAAUUGCAGCCAUGGACCUGAAGUUGCUGAAGGAAUUGGGUUCGUCCGGGGAGGGUGACCCCACAGAUGUUCAGCAACUCAUCGAUGAGGGAGCAGAGGCUACUUGUACCAACAAGGAUGGGCUGCCUUGUAUAUAUGUAGCUGUAAGGAACAAGAGAGUGGACUGUAUCCCCAUCCUGGUGGAGAACGGGGCCGACAUCAACCAGAAGGGACCCUCCUCCAUGAAAGGAAAUACACCCUUGCAUGAUGCAAUCAACCUUGGUCCUGCUGGACUAAAGACAAUUGAUGCUUUGUUAGGAUGUAAUGCUGACGUUGGUCGGAAGAAUGAUCGAGGAGAAACUGCCCAUGACCUGGCCCUGAAGGGGGGAUACGACAGCAUCGUGGACAAGUUCAACACCUUCAUGGCCCAGUCAACACUGCGGAAAAUGACGAAACCGAGACAAAACAACUACUGAGGACUGUAGGGAUAGAGACUUCCAUAGAUUCACAUAGACGUAUAGGACAGACAUUUUGUUGACUUGGGUCUAGAUUGGAGAGUGUUGGUAGAAUUAGAUAUUCUAGAGUAUUGUUUUCAGAAGUAUCGGGUCACUGGGUUUGGCACUAAGGGCAGUAAGUCUUACAAGCUUAAGGAUCCUGGGUCAGUAUAACAAGGACUCCUUUUAUAACAUUGUCCCCAGACAGAAGCUGUUAAACAAGUCCUUAUAAUUACACCGAUAUGGUUGUCACAAGUGUCAGGGUCACCGGGUUUGGCACUUGGUCUGACUUGGUUAACUCAUUCACCCCUGAAGACACAUUUGAACUCUUCCAAUUCAAAAGUUAGAAUAGUUCAUUAUGAAAUUUCAGGGGAGAAUGAGUAAAGGAUCCUUUCUUGGUAUAUAGAUCGAAAAUAGUCAGACAAGACCUGCUUUGAUAAUCUUGUCCCCAGAAAAUGGUUGUUAAAGUAACUAGGUCCUCAAAAUUAGAUUAUUAAAAUUUGUUAACUGAUACGCUUGUCACAAGUGUCGGGGUCACUUGGUUUGGCACUCGGACUGACAUGGUUAAGAACACUUUGUUAGUAUGUAGGUUGUAAAUGGAAACUUAAGAGUCGGACAAGAACUGCUUUGAUAACAUUGUCCUCUGACAGACAUUUGUUAAUGAGGUCUUUAAAAUUAGAUUCUGAAAAUUUGUAAACUGAUACGGUUGUCAUAAGUAUCGGGGUAAUGGGGUUUGGCACUCGGUCUGACAUAAUUAAGGAUCCUUUAUAAAAAAAAAUGGUGUAAAGGUCGUAAACAGAAACUUAAAGUCCGACAAGAAGUGUUUUGAAAAUAUUUUUUCCCAGACAUUCGUUGCUAUGGUAACACAAGUCUUCAAAAUUAGAUUAUAAAAAUCUGUGAACUGAUAUAAAUUGCAAUAAUUACUAGUUGUUAGAGAUUUGUCGUUUUGGUAACUUCUAACUAAGACAUGUGGUGUCAGGUGAGUGUCACAGUGCUAUCAUUAAGGUUGUUUUAGAGUGGGGUAGAUAGUUAAUAGGAUAGGUAGAAUUAUAACAAAGUUUAUUAUAUAGAGAGUUCUGCACAUACCUGGGUACCAGGCUGCUCCCCAAGACCUUGUGUCUUUGGGAAUGUGGGGUGCACAAAAUUAGCUAAAGAAAUUCCUUAAUCUUAAAAAUGAUUGGGAUGGUAAAUGAAAUAAACCGGUAAUAAAGGGUUUUUUCGAGUCUGGUAGUGUCCCAUUGAUCGUUCAUGUUUGUUUGUUUUUAAAUGCCUCAACCAGCAAUCAUGCAUAGACAUCUUACUGCUUCUGCAUUGAAUCCAAUUCAAAGGGUUUUAUUACUAUUCGUACCAGAAGUUUAUCUGUAUUUACGUUCUAAAAUUUAUAAUUAUGAGUGAUGUUCAUGGAAUUGAAGUUUUUGUAUCGUCGAUGCAAACAACAUUUCUGGAACUGCCAAAUGCCAUCCAGAUAUAUGUUUGCUUCUGACAAAGGUCCUAUAGGGUGAAGCUUCAAAAUGACACUGAUGCAGUUGCGGUCAUAGCUCUAUGAAUGCAAAGGAUGUGUUAUAUGUGUUAUUUCUACUCAUAUCUUUAAUAUUGUUCAAGUUCCUUUUAAUCAAAAGGAUAUUUAUAUAUAUAUUUGUAUAUGAUAUUAUAUUGAAGGUAUCAUGUAAAUGAAUGUACAUAUAAUUACGAUGAAUCUGAAUAGUUUAUGUACGGUCAAGUCUGUCUCAAUGUUCAUGGCAAAUCCUGAUGAAUUUCUUUGAAUGAAUACAUACAUCACAAGGUAUGUUUGGUAUUAUCAAAAGUGAUCAGAUAUUGUCAAUAAUUCAUUCAUCUUUUUUUUACUCUCGGGAUGAAUAUUUUUUAAUAAAUAUCCUUUUUUUAUAAAAUGUACCAUUCAGUUCAUUACUAGUUUGAAUGAAGUUAAUUAAAUCCAGCAAAAUCUUUGUCAAAAAAGCUUCUCAAAGUAAAUGUAGUGUUUCAUUAUUUUUUUCUUAACAUUUUUAAUGAUCUUUUAAGAAUGUUGCUAUCAAAGUUAACUUUUAUAUGUUCCCGAAAACUCACAUUGUUAAACCCUUUCACAUCAAACUGUUUUUAUGAGAAAAUGAAUCAUAGGAAUAGCAACAUCCGAGGGAGAUAACUAUAAAUGACCCAAGGCAGCAUUUCCCUUUGUUUGAGAAAUACGUAUUCAGUGUAGUUGUUUGUUCAAGGUUUUGUCCUCCCCAAAUUUAGCACUACUGCAGUAGCGUUACUGAAAGAAUUAACAUCAGUUGUUGAUAGAUCAUGAACAAAUGUUAGUGAUUCAUUUAUUUCUUAUUUGGCAUUACUAGAAAGAAUCUAGUUGUACAAUAUAUAAAGCCAUGUUAGUGAUAUAUUGUAUGUAUUGUGUUUUUAUUUACAUAUGCGCGAAUGUUUUGUUGUGAAAGGUUUUGUGAGAGUGAGUGUUCUUUGUAGAACAUUUGUUUGAAUGAUUGUUCCAUGUUUAUGAUUCCUGUUUUUGUACUCCUACUGUGAUAAUAUUAAUCCCAUAUCUCUCAUACAUUCUGAAUCAUAACUCUUCCAGUACAAAGGUUGGAAUAG